AUGGACUUCGAGUCUUCAGACAGCAGCUCCACCCCCUGCAACCCGCAGCUGCUGGAAGCCGCCCCAGCGCCUGCAGGGCCAGGCUCUCUGCGCCGGCGGCGGCGCCCGCAGUCCCGCCGCGGCUCCGCCGCGAAAGCAGAAGCAGCAGCAGCAGCAGCAGCAGCAGCAGCAGCAGCAGCAGCAGCAGUUCAGCAGCAGCAGCAGCUUCCCGCGCAGCCAGCAGCAGCGACAAGUGUGAAAAAGGAGCAAAAGGAAAGCCCCUGCUUUUGCUCCCCAGCGUCUUCUGAACUUUCAGAAGUACCCAAAUGGCAAGACCCCCAAGGGCAGCCCAGCCAACCCAGCAGCAGCAGCAGCAGCAGCAGGGGCCCCCCUGCUGCUGCUGCUGCUGCUGCUGCUUCGGUGUCUCGCCAGGCGCCCCCUUCUCUUUCCACCCGCUUGCCGGGUUCCUUCAAGACCCCGGGGGGGCCCCCUGGAGGGGCCCCCCCACGAGAGGAAGGGGCCCCCCGAGCCGCAGGGGGCCCCCCAGGAGAGGGGGCCCCCCGCGGAGGGGGGGCCCCCGGUCGGGGGCCCCCUGAGGGCAGCAGCAGCAGACUUGGAGGGUUUCCGAGGUCGGUGAGGGAGGGCGUGAGUUUGCUGCAGCAGGUGCAGCAGCAGGCGCAGCAGGUGCAGCAGCAGCUGCUGCAGCAGCUGCAGCGGCAGGUGCAGCAGCAAAUCGCGGGGGCCUCCUCCGCCUGCGCCUCGGGGGCCUCUGCUUUGCUGCUAGCAGCAAAGUACACUUGUGCUGCUGGCUGUGCUGCUGCUGUGGGGCUCGGGUGUAUGUCCACCUGCUUCGCUUUUGCUGCAGCAGGAAGUUAUUAUCUUUUGUCUUCUUAUUCCACUCCUCCUCCACUUCAGGAGUUUCCAGUUUAUUUCGACUAUUACCCUAAAGUUGCAUUGGCCCUUACUUCCCUCCACCGGGGCCCCCCGGGGCCCCCGGGGGCCCCCCCGGGGGCCCCCUGGGGGGCCCCCUGGGGGGCCCCCGAGGGGGCCCCCGCAGGGGCCCCCCCUGCGGACUGGGGGGCCCCCCACUCGCUGCUGGGGGGGGCCCCGGGAGAGGCCCAGGGGCCCCACGGGUGCAGCUGCGCGCCGUUUGCAGCAGCUGGGGCUGCCACAGACUUUGCUGCUGCUCCCGCUGCUGCUGCUGCUGCUGCUGGGGGCCCCGCGCCGCGGGCGCCCGGGGGGCCCCCCUGGGGGCCCCCCUCGGGGGCCCCCGCGGCAUGGGGCCUCUCAGCCUUGGAAGAGCCCCUGGCCGUCGCAACUGUACCCUUCAGCAACAGGUCUUGGGAGCUGCUGCCAGCAGAUGAGUUCAUGUUUGCUGCUCCUCUUCUUUCCAUUUCUUCCCACUGGCCUCACCAGCACCGCCUCUACCCGCAGCAGCAGCAGCAGCAGCAGCAGCAGCAGCAGCAGGAAGAGGAGGGCGCGAAGCUGCCUGGCUUCGCUGCGGACCUGAUACUGACUCUGGCGCUGCAGGACAGCUGCAGCAGCAGCAGCAGCAGCAGGGGGCCCCCUGCUGCUGCUGCUGCAGUGAUGGUGUCUUUGCUGCUGUUCUCGCGAGAGGGCCCCCUGGUGGCGCGCAGCAGCAGGGCCUUGCCUGCUGCUGCUGCCUGCGGGCCCCCCUGGGCCUCGCUGCUGCAGCUGCUGCUGGGGGGGGGCCCCCAAAAGACCCAAAUCCUUAUGAUGGAGCAGCUGGGGGCCCCCCUGCUGCUGCAGCUGAAGUUCGCGAGGGUUUAUCUGUACCCUCCUGUGGCUGUUUCCCAAGCAGUGCUGCAGGUGCUGCCGAGGCCCCGGGGCCUCCGCCGAUUUGCAAUUCAGCAUCCCUUUUUGUCGCUGCUGCUGCUCACGCUGCUGCUGCUGCUGCUUGCUGCUGCUGCUGCUCUCCUCUGCUGCGCCUGCUGCUGCUGCGGCUACUUGCUCUUCCUAGUCAACCAAAACGCCCCACAGCCGCCCCUCCUGCAAACCCAGCAGCAGCACCAGAGGCCCCCACUGGGGGCCCCCAAAGGGGGGCCUCCUUGGGGGGCCCCCACAGGGGGACCCCCCCAGCGUGGGGGCCCCCAGUGUGGGGGCCCCCUUGCACAGACCAUGGAAAGCAGUCUCACUUGA